UCUGAUUGUACUUAAUUUUAUUUAUUGAUCUCUACCAGAGAUGCUUUGGAAGACUGUCAUAUAAAUAUUUGCUUUGAGAGGAAGUGUAAAAAACAAACACAACAAAACAAUCCUAUCAACCUCCCCAACCCCCACACUUAAGUCUUGUCUUAGGCUUUACUGCCUAAGACGACUCACAUUUUCCUUCAAGCCCCAGCAGGCUGCUCCAUCUAGACAAUAGCAACUCCAGUUUGUUCACCCACCCCGGCUGCAUUUCCUUUGGGAAAUACUUAACGCAUUGACAAAAUAAACACUUGACUCAUCCCAGCAACACGGAGCACACACAAGCCUCCAGACACGCCAGGGAUCCUCAGGCUUGCAAAACACCCCGUAUACAGUUACAUUUUGGCAAAGGACCUUUCAUUAGAAGCCCAGCUUUGGCGAGUCCUUUUAAUCAACAGUACAUCUGUCAGGGACUGUGCAGAACUCCUCCGCCACACACAUGGGAGAAAUUCUCGCUGCUUUUCCAUGUUUCCUUUCCCGAUCUUAGCCAGCCUCUGAAAUUAGAGAGGGAGAAGAGAGGGAGAAAGCACGGCAGCCCCGAGACUCCGCACAGCUGGCAGCGCUGGACUGCGAGCGGGCACAGCAGGACAGCCAGCGGAGCUCCACGGGCAGCGCGGAGGCGCUGCUGAUGCCGCUUAUUCUAUCCUGGCACGACCUUGCCCGCGGGCCGCUGGCAGCAGAGGGAUCCCCCGGCACCCCUGCUCCAUGAGGGGCCGGGCGGGAGCGGCGCUGUGCCCUGCGAGAGCACCCGCCGCUCGGUCCCGCGCUGUCCCCUAAGGGUGCUCCGGGCCCCGCGCUGCUCCCUCAGGGCGCUCUCUCUGUCUGUCUCUGUCUGUCUCUGUCUCUCUCUUCUCUUUUUCUCUCUCUCUUUUUCACUUUCCCUCUCUCUCUCUCUCUCUCUGUGUCUCUCUCCCGGCCCCGCGCCUGCGCAUUGCGCGCGGCGCCAUUCGGGUCGCGGCGCGGUCAUGGCGACGGUGGCGGAGCUCAAAGCAGUUUUAAAGGACACACUGGAAAAAAGAGGAGCUCUUGCCCAAAUCAAAGCGAGGAUCAGAGCUGAAGUGUUCAAUGCCCUGGACGACCAGAGCGAGCCGCGGCCAGCGCUGCCCCGGGAGAACCUCCUGAUCAAUGAGCUCAUUCGGGAAUACCUGGAGUACAACAAGUAUAAAUACACAGCAUCUGUUCUGACGGCAGAGUCCGGCCAGCCUGAAGUACCCUUGGAUAGACAAUUUCUUGCCAAGGAGCUGAAUAUAGUUGAAGAUGCAAGUGGAAAGUCAGUCAGACCUCUCCUGUAUGGAAUUCUCUCUCAUUUCUUACAUGAUGGUAAAGAAGAAAGUAUCCAGAACAUCCUUCCAAAAGUAUCUUUAUUGAAUUACCCAAAGCAGAACUUUGGCAAACUGCCUGCUGAGAGAAAUCAAAAAGACAGAAUUCCAGAACCAGGAAGGAUGGCUGGCAUGAGCAUCGAAGAGCCUCUUAUUUUACAAAGUAUAAAGAGAUGAUACCUUUCAGUUUCUAUUUUCUCAUUUCAAGGUCGGUCAGAUUUAAUUUAGGACAUUCUUCAUUGCAUAAAUUGCUCCAAUAAAUCCAGUGGGACCAUUUUAGCUUGUAGCAUCUACUCAUGGGACAGACUGACAAGGUCAUACUUACUGACAAUUUAAAAAAUGUUAGCAAAGCUCUCUUUCCUCAGUGCUGAUAGAAGGAAAACUAUAUAGAAUCACACUAGAGAAUCUUGUGUCUAGAAUUGCACCUGAAUAUACUGAGUUUAUCCAAUAAAUUUUUAUAUAAUAAGUUAUUGUCUCUGCACUUACAUCUUUGUUUUUCCUAUGUUUCUGAAUAAAAUUUUUCAGUUUUA